AUGAUAUCUGCAAGCGAUGAAUUCAUUUUGAAAGACGUACCUCCGAACAUAUUCUCAGCAUUUAACGAGAAUGUUCGACCAGGACUUGCUCAAACAUCCCGCAUACGACUACCAGUGGACACCAUCCCAGAUCAGUGCAUAUUCGUGUAUGAAUACCUGAAUGAUGAUUUUUCAAGUCUAGUUCGGCGUCAGAUCCCAAUGCGAGCUCGGAAGGAGAUUCUCAAAGCUACUUUGCAGGGAAUCGCAGAUAUGCAUGACCGCGACAUUGUCCAUCUAGAUGUUAAACCUGACAACGUUCUGGUUAAUUGCCGUAACGUUGACCGAGACGUCGUGGUCGAACAGGUACAAAUCUCCGAUGUUGAGAAUGCAGCCUACCUCCCAAAGCCUAGGUGUAUCAAAAGUAUGCUAGCUGGGAAUGAUGACUGGCGCUGCCCUGAAGGUCACUUCAAGGGAGAACUCAACAAACCUUCUGAUUUAUACUCAUUUGGACUGGUCUGCAUCUACGCUGUUCUCGGGCGCGUUAUACUAGGGCGUGAUGAUGACUUCAAACUACACGUGUCGAAAGGCGCACUACCUGCAUUUAUCCGCCUGCAGCGCCAAAUCUCAUUUUUUGGAGACAAAGAAGGGCUGAAUAGACUCAUGAAGCAUGUUGGUGAUGAGGAAGCGAACUGUGAGAUUCUUGGAAUGCUUUGGGAGGACCGAGCAGCAGAUUAUAUCCCAUAUGUGCCGUUCUCAGAGUUGAAAGAUGUUGACUCAACGUUCAAGGAUUUGAUCCAAGGAUUGAAUAAUCUGGACCCCUCACGGCGGCUCACAGCUUGCGAGGCACUAGACCAUCCCUGGUACGAAGGCGUCGAAUCCGCUUAG